AGUGGGCUAGGGCAGAGGCCCGGGCGUGGAGAACCCGCGCACAAGGGACGCGGAGCCAACUGCGCUCGGUCGCUGAAAGUUUCCAAACCCGAGCGGGCUGGGGACUGGGGGUGGGGGAAGGCGGACGCUGCGGCUCGGGUGGAGAGCAGAGGAGCACUCGCAGUCGGGGUCGCCUAGGGGUGCCCUCUCUCCUACCCCCGCCGCCCAGCGGGUGUCCACGGCCAGCUGUGACUUGUGCGUUGGCGUCCUCGUCUGUUUUGGAGAGGACUCCUGCGCAGGUUCCUGUGGCCAGAGGAAAUGGAGUGGCAGUUGCUGCUGCUCCUUCAGUCGGAAGGAGCCGGGCAGCGCGCGUGUAGACCCCAGUGUUGUGAAUAGGAGUUGAGAGGGAAGGACUCAGGUCUCCUCGAGAGAAGUUGGAAUUUCAGACUAUCAGAGAGCUUCAGCUUCUGGCAGCCUGGCCUCUAGAUAGACGCCCCUACCUCCCUGGCUGUUCCAGGGCCCUUCUGCCCGCUCCCAGGUGGUCAGUUUUACUCUAAGAAAAUUUCGUCACGUCAGAAUUCCAUGAUCCUGACCCUGGAACGCGGGAAGGAGACCUUGAAGUCUGGCUUUGUGCUGGAGAUGGCCCCUCCGUGCAUGACUGGAGGCCUGGAGGCCGGAGUGUGGCUGGGGGGUGGGUGCAUUCCAGAGGAACAUUCCAGGGGAGACCCUGGGUUGAAGACCUCCAGGUCCCAAGGCUUUUUGACCCAAAUGCUCACUCUUAAUAUGGGGGUUGCUAUUGUUUAAAUGUGCCCCCCCACCCCCAUGUAUUGAGCCAUAGUAAGAGGGGAUUAAGGGUGAGCACUUGAUGCAGUUUAGCUGUCAAAGGUGGGGCUUUGGGAAGAGAUUAGAAGGAUCUUUGGGGUGGAGCCCCAUGAUUGAGUCAGUUGAGUUUAUGAGAGGCACAGGGACCGAGGCACAAGACACAGACCACGCUGUCCUGCCCUCUGUGAUGCAGCCCGAAGACCCCCACCAGAGGUGGCUCCCGGACCCAGGACCUCCCAACUGGACCCAGCUGGAGCCUGGCCUGGGAGCCAGGAUGGCCAACCCCAAAGCCUUGCUCAUAUGCCUGGGACUGCUGCUCUUCCUGUUCCCGGGGGCCCGGGCCCAGAACCAUGCCCCUCCGGGCUGUAGCCCGGACCUCGACCCCCUCUACUACAACCUGUGCGACCGCUCUGGGGCUUGGGGCAUCGUCCUGGAGGCAGUGGCUGGCGCGGGCAUCGUUACCACGUUUGUGCUCACCAUCAUCCUCGUGGCCAGCCUUCCCUUCGUGCAGGACACCAAGAAGCGGAGCCUGCUGGGAACUCAGGUGUUCUUCUUGCUGGGGACCCUGGGCCUCUUCUGCCUCGUGUUUGCCUGUGUGGUGAAGCCUGACUUCUCCACCUGCGCCUCUCGGCGCUUCCUCUUCGGGGUCCUGUUUGCCAUCUGCUUCUCCUGCCUGGUGGCCCACGUCUUUGCCCUCAACUUCCUAUCCCGGAAGAACCACGGGCCCCGGGGCUGGGUGAUCUUCACCGUGGCCCUGCUGCUGACCCUCGUGGAGGUCAUCAUCAACACGGAGUGGUUGAUCAUCACCCUGGUCCGGGGAGGUGGCGAGGGCGGCCCUCCGGGCAACGGCAGCGCCAGCUGGACCGCGGUGUCCCCCUGCGCCAUCGCCAACAUGGACUUCGUCAUGGCGCUCAUCUACGUGAUGCUGCUGCUGCUGGGCGCCUUCGUGGGGGCCUGGCCCGCCCUGUGCGGCCGCUUCAAGCGCUGGCGGAAGCACGGGGUGUUCGUGCUGCUCGCCACGGCCACGUCCGUCGCCAUCUGGGUGGUGUGGAUCGUCAUGUACACCUACAACAACAGGCAGCGCCACAGCCCCACCUGGGACGACCCCACGCUGGCCAUCGCGCUUGCCGCCAACGCCUGGGCCUUCGUCCUCUUCUACGUCAUCCCGGAGAUCUCCCAGGUGACCAAAGCCAGCCCAGAGCACAGCUACCAAGGGGACAUGUACCCCACCCGGGGCGUGGGCUAUGAGACCAUCCUGAAGGAACAGAAGGGCCAGAGCAUGUUUGUGGAGAACAAGGCGUUUUCCAUGGACGAGCCGACCUCAGCCAAGAGACCAGUGUCCCCGUACAGCGGGUACAACGGGCAGCUGCUGACCAGCGUGUACCAGCCCACCGAGAUGGCCCUGAUGCACAAAGGCCCGGCCGAAGGAGCCUACGACGUCAUCCUCCCACGGGCCACCGCCAACAGCCAGGUGAUGGGCAGUGCCAACUCGACCCUGCGGGCUGAGGACAUGUACGCGGCCCAGAGCCACCAGGCGGCCACCCCGCCGAAGGACGGCAAGAACUCUCAGGCUCAGUCCCCGCAGAGUAAGACGCGGUGGUAGACGCCCGUUUCCCUGGAUGGCACGUCGUCGUCUGGCCCUCUUCCUCUACCCAGGCUGGGCAGGGCAGGCCCCGCACCUUCCCUCCUGUCAUCGGAGCUGGGAGGGACCGGAGCCACCAGACUGAAGCAGUGGACUGAGUGGGAGCCCCAUGAAGUCCGAGGCGGGUGACAUGGGCUCUAGGGCCACCCCCUUCCAGCCCAGUCUCUCCUGGUCGGUGGCUGCAGGCAGCUCUGCAGACUCCUCGCCUGCCUCUGUUUCCCUCUUUAGACCCCUGUCCCCCGAUCACAGCUCCUGCUAUGGCUCUCCCCCCGUGCACGGCAGUCCUCGGGGUCCCUGUCUGCAAAGCUGGCCAGGCCAAGGCGGUGUCACAUCAGCUCGUCCACUCUGCCUGUGGGUCUCCAUGAGUCAGGAGCACCCCGCGCAGAUGUUGGGCCUCAUCCUUCUCUCCAGGGCCUCCUGCCACCUGAACUGCAAGGUGGCUGAGUCAGGGCAGAGCCCAGCGAGGCCUGGACAGAUGCUGCUCCUCUUCCUGGCCUCCGGUCUCAAGUCCAGCCCCUGUGCACUGGGACCUGGGGCCUUCCUGCCUUCACUGAACCGGGUCCUCCCAACGAGGCAGUCCCAGCCGUGCCUGUUUUCUGCUCCCAACUUCACCUCACCGUCGGGGCUAAGGUCCCAACCAGGACGCUCUCUGUCCAGUACUACCUCACCGAGAGUCUCACAGAGCAGCCCGGGAGUCGGUGGCGUUGGGGUUCAGUGCCAUUGAGAGCCUGCAGACUCCCCGGGGCUUCUCUGCCUUCGGUUUCUCAGGAAGGUGGCUCCAGGGGCAGGUGCCGUGUGAAUGCCCCCGAGCUACCAGAUCUCAGACUUGGGAGUGCAGCAGGGGCCGGCUGUGGCUACUGGGACAUCGGCACAGACCGGAAGCACCCUUGGGAGACACACGGUGGGGCGGCUGGACUGUAUCCCAGGGACCAGGCGGGAGGCCUGAACUGAUGACCUGAGGUUGGCCUCUCCCAUGAGUUAACCGUGGGCCUUGGGGAGGCGCCUUCGGGAAGAGGAAGCAGAACUAAAGGUGGUGGGUACUGGAUGGGCAGAGGUAAGUUUCCACCUUGCCUGAUGGCAGGGGUUCCUGCCACCGGCUCACUGCUCUCUCGCUGGAGGAGCCUCGUGUCCUUGGCCUUAGGACACACUGCAGAGGGUCCUGAUGGCCACCCUGGAAGAACGGACCUCUCAGGACCUACAUGAUGCCAGCUCUGGGGACAGAUGAGCACAGCUUGAGACUUGAGAAGCAGGAUCUCUGUAGCGUCCUCUACCCUGGCCUUGUCCUGCGAGUGUACCUGACAGCCGGCUUGUCCAAGGGAACCCUCCCUAGUGUGCCCCUGGGCUGUCCUCAGCCCGGCACACCUGGGUGUCAAGGCUGCGGGUAAGGGCAAAAGGAACUCUUGGGGUAGAAGCGCCCUGUAGUCAGCCCCACUGCCCUCCAGGGCCAACUCCUGUCCCCAGCAGCCUGUGCCUUCGUCACUGGAGUAUUGAUGCAGAGCUGAAAUGGGUGACAGCCCCGGAGAGUAGGACUACCCCGUGUGCGACCCCCUUCACUGUCACCUCUUCCUCGCGCUGGCUUGGUCAUUCCACGAAUAGAGGAUUACCUCUUCUGAUGGGUCGUGGGCUCCUGGUCUAGGAUGGCAGCCCCAAGACCUCUGAAAGUGACAAAGGUGCUAUUGUGCUUUUCACACAAUGGUGACAGUUUCAUCGGUCACAGGGAGCACCAGGUGGCCAGAGGUGCAGCUGCGGUGACCCUGGGUUGGUGUCUAGCGUGAUGGGUUCCUGGAUUCAGAAGGCCGGGUCCUACGUACACUACAGCCCCUUGACCGAGUGCAGGAGACAGGUUUUGGUGGGAGAGAAGCCUUCGUCCAUCACAGCAGACCUUGAACGGGGUCUAAGCGGGACCUGUUGCAGGCUCUUCCGGACUGCACCGAGAUGAAUUUCACGCCCACCACGUCAAACCGGGCAGCUGGAAGCACAGGAGUGUGGAUGACAACUGCUCAGAAUUAAAUGAUUUGUCUUCCGUU